UUUCUCUUGUGAAAAUGCGGUUUAUAACGAAGCUAGUCCCUCUUGUGACAAUGCGAAUGCUGAGAAGGUUAAGAAUAUAGGCAAAAUGCAGUAUGAUUUUUUUUUGUUGAAAGUUGGUUAUACAUUUGAUUCAUGGGAUGAUAUUGAUUCUUAUUUCAAAGCUUAUAGUCAAUAUAGUGGGUUUGUUGUCAUUAAGAAAUGGGUUGAACAAUGCAAUGAUAGUGUUAUUAGGCAUCGAUCUUUCAGAUGUGAGUUUGGUGGAAAAUAUGUACCCAAGAAAAGUAUUGAUAUUAAUGUUUACCGUAACAAACGAUCGAAGCGUCAAGGUCAUGAACUCCAUCCUGAACAAUAUAAAUAUAGUGCUAAGUUCAGGUCAAUAGGAAGGGAAGCACUGAAUGAUAUUGAAUUUUAUACAAAAAAUAGAAAUCUUUCGAUUACCAUACAGCGUCAAUUGCUUAGAGCAAAAUAUCCAGAUGCAACCUUUUUAGAUGCGGAUCUCGCUAACGCUAUUCAACAUUACAAAAUUAAAUCUAAAGAUUUUGAAACUAACACUUCACAACUUUUAUCAUUUCUUAUUGAGAGGCGUAGUUUAUGCGAAUUGCUAAAGACUUUGGAUUCACGAUUAGAGAAAGAAGCUGAGUGGAAUCGUUUUUUUGAGUACAAAACUCUAUUAUCAUGUGUUGGGAUUGCAUCUGUCAGCAGUGAGGUAUUGCCUGCAGUUGACUAUAUAUUAUCAGAAUACUUGACCCCACAGAUUCUUUCUAUUGAGCAUAUUGAAAUGGCUCAAUAUUUAUAUUUUAAUGUGAUAUUGGCUAACUUAACAACAUUAAUCGGAUUGGAUGGUGAGAAUGAGA